AUGGGUGACGUUUCUUUGGAACAGAUCAAAAAUGAGAACGUUGAUCUUGAGCGAAUUCCUAUUGAAGAGGUAUUUGAGCAGCUAAAAUGUACAAGAGAAGGGUUGAGCACCGCUCAAGGCGAGGAGAGGCUUAAGAUCUUUGGCCCCAACAAGCUUGAGGAGAAAAAGGAGAGCAAAUUCCUCAAGUUUUUGGGUUUCAUGUGGAAUCCUUUAUCAUGGGUCAUGGAAGCAGCUGCCAUUAUGGCCAUUGCUUUGGCCAAUGGAGGAGGCAAGCCUCCGGAUUGGCAAGACUUUGUCGGUAUCGUUGUAUUGCUCAUAAUCAACUCCACCAUCAGCUUCAUCGAGGAAAACAAUGCAGGUAACGCUGCCGCCGCUCUGAUGGCAGGUCUUGCCCCGAAAACCAAGGUUUUGAGAGAUGGAAAAUGGACAGAGCAAGAUGCAGCAAUUCUGGUACCAGGAGAUAUGAUCAGUAUCAAGUUGGGAGAUAUCGUCCCAGCUGAUGCUCGUCUCAUGGAAGGAGAUCCACUCAAGAUUGAUCAAUCUGCUCUGACUGGUGAAUCCCUUCCAGUCACAAAGCUUCCUGGCUCCGGUGUUUUCUCAGGCUCAACCUGCAAGCAAGGUGAGAUUGAGGCUGUUGUUAUUGCCACUGGUGUUCAUACCUUCUUUGGAAAGGCAGCUCACCUUGUUGACAGCACCAAUAAUGUUGGUCAUUUCCAAAAGGUGUUAACAGCCAUUGGUAACUUCUGUAUCUGCUCAAUUGCUAUCGGUAUGCUAGUUGAGAUUGUAGUGAUGUACCCAAUCCAGCACAGGAGGUACAGAGAGGGUAUCGAUAACCUCUUGGUGCUUCUCAUUGGAGGUAUCCCAAUUGCUAUGCCUACAGUCUUGUCAGUGACAAUGGCUAUCGGGUCUCACCGUCUAUCAGAGCAAGGUGCCAUCACCAAGAGAAUGACUGCCAUUGAAGAAAUGGCUGGAAUGGAUGUCCUGUGUAGUGACAAGACCGGAACUCUAACCCUCAACAAGCUUACCGUUGACAAGAACCUUAUUGAGGUUUUUAUAAAGGACAUGGACAAAGAUACCCUCGUAUUACUUGCUGCAAGGGCUUCCAGAGUUGAGAAUCAGGAUGCCAUUGAUGCUUCAAUUGUUGGGAUGUUGGGCGACCCCAAGGAGGCAAGAGCAGGAAUCACUGAGGUGCAUUUCUUGCCCUUCAACCCCGUGGAAAAGCGCACUGCAAUCACUUAUUAUGAUAACAAUGGUGACUGGUUCAGAAGCAGCAAGGGGGCUCCAGAGCAGAUUAUCGAGCUCUGCCAACUCAAAGGGGAGACAAGGAAAAAGGCCCAUGAAAUCAUUGACAACUUUGCUGAGCGUGGCCUUCGUUCCCUAGGAGUUGCUCGCCAGACAAUUCCAGAGAAGAACAAGGAAAGUGAAGGAGCACCAUGGGAGUUUGUGGGUCUCUUGCCUCUUUUCGACCCUCCAAGGCAUGAUAGUGCUGAGACUAUCCGCCGAGCCCUUGACCUUGGUGUCAAUGUUAAGAUGAUCACCGGAGACCAACUUGCUAUCGGCAAAGAGACUGGCCGCAGGCUUGGGAUGGGUACAAACAUGUAUCCGUCGUCAUCUCUUCUUGGUAAUAGCAAGGAUGAGGGUAUUUCUGGCAUUCCAGUUGAUGAGCUCAUCGAGAAGGCUGAUGGAUUUGCUGGAGUCUUCCCUGAACACAAGUAUGAGAUUGUUAAGAAGCUACAAGUGAGGAAGCACAUUUGCGGUAUGACAGGAGAUGGUGUUAAUGAUGCCCCGGCAUUGAAGAAGGCAGACAUUGGUAUUGCUGUGGCAGAUGCAACUGAUGCUGCGAGGGGUGCCUCGGAUAUUGUCUUGACAGAACCAGGAUUGAGUGUUAUUAUCAGUGCUGUAUUGACAAGCAGAGCCAUCUUCCAGAGGAUGAAGAACUACACAAUCUAUGCUGUUUCCAUCACAAUCCGUAUCGUGUUGGGAUUCUUGCUUGUUGCGCUCAUUUGGAGGUUCGACUUCUCACCAUUCAUGGUCCUGAUCAUUGCUAUUCUCAAUGAUGGAACCAUCAUGACCAUCUCCAAAGAUAGAGUCAAGCCAUCUCCUGUGCCUGACUCAUGGAAGCUCAAGGAAAUUUUCGCCACAGGCGUUGUCCUUGGAACCUACAUGGCAAUCAUGACCGUGGUGUUCUUCUGGCUUGCUCAUGACACUGAUUUCUUCUCUGAUAAGUUUGGCGUGAGGUCAAUCAGAAAUAAUACAGAUGAGCUUACAGCAGCUCUUUACCUUCAAGUGAGCAUCAUCAGUCAAGCACUCAUCUUUGUGACCAGGUCGAGGAGCUGGUCCUUUGUUGAACGCCCUGGUUUCUUGCUUGUCAGUGCCUUCAUUGCUGCACAGUUGGUGGCAACUCUCAUUGCUGUGUAUGCAAACUGGUCCUUUGCAAGAAUCCUAGGCAUUGGCUGGGGAUGGGCAGGAAUUAUCUGGAUCUUUAGCAUUAUCACCUACAUCCCUCUCGAUAUCCUCAAGUUCAUUAUCCGCUAUGCAUUGACUGGGAAAGCCUGGGAUAAUCUGCUGCAAAACAAGACUGCUUUCACAACCAAGAAGGACUACGGAAAGGGUGAGAGGGAGGCUCAAUGGGCUACUGCUCAACGUACUCUUCAUGGUCUCCAGCCCCCAGAACCCAUGUUCAAUGAGAAGAGCACAUACAGAGAGUUGAAUGAGCUUGCUGAGCAGGCUAAGAAGCGUGCCGAAGUAGCAAGGCUCAGAGAGCUUCACACAUUGAAGGGACAUGUUGACUCAGUGGUUAAGAUGAAGGGGCUUGACAUCGAGACAAUCCAACAACACUACACAGUCUAA